UAACACCACCUCUACACAAACAUCCGCUGAUACUUCCUGAAGAUGCAAGCAUGACGCAGAAACUCUUCUACUAACUGCGCCAGCCGAGAAGCAGGCAGAUGGGCGUGACAAGAGUUUAAUGGCUCUUGCGCUACAUCGACUGAGAUCAAGAACGUCCCGUGUUUUUCGCCCAGGUGUGUUCUUGUUACGAUUCCUAACCUCGGUCGGGAUGGACGAAAUGGGUCUGGCCGUGAGUCGUUCCGCGCUGGAGCGGCUCGACUUCGACAAUGUCGUCCUGAAGAAACUUCCCCUGGACUCGUCCGAGGAGCCCGGCGUGCGACAGGUGAAAGGCGCGUGUUUCUCCAGGGUCAAGCCGCAGCCACUGACCAAGCCUCGCUUCGUGGCGGUGUCUCACGAAGCUCUGGCUCUGCUCGGGCUCAACGGGGAUGAAGUCACGGACGACCCACACGGGCCUGAAUAUCUAAGCGGCUCCAAAGUAAUGCCUGGAUCCGAGCCUGCUGCUCAUUGCUACUGUGGCCACCAGUUCGGCCAUUUCGCCGGCCAGCUGGGUGAUGGGGCGGCCUGCUACCUGGGAGAGGUAAGAGUGCCACCCAAUCAGGACACGAACCUCUUGCGCGAAAACCCCAGUGGCCGAUGGGAGAUUCAGGUGAAAGGAGCUGGACUCACCCCCUAUUCGAGACAAGCUGAUGGCCGUAAGGUCCUUCGUUCCAGCAUUAGAGAGUUCCUUUGUAGUGAGGCUAUGUACUUCCUGCGUGUGCCCACCACAAGAGCAGGUUCUGUUGUAACUUCAGACAGCAAAGUCAUCAGGGAUAUCUACUACAGUGGACACCCUCGACAUGAGAGAUGCUCGGUGGUCCUCAGGAUCGCGCCGACCUUUCUAAGGUUUGGUUCUUUUGAGAUUUUCAAGCAGGCAGACGAGUUUUCAAAUCGUCAGGGUCCUAGCUAUGGACAUGAUGAGCUUCGAGUAAAGAUGCUGGAUUAUGUCAUUGAGAUGUUCUACCCAGAGAUCCAGCAGCAGUACUCGGACAGAAUGGAGAGGAACGUGUCUUUCUUCCGAGAGGUGAUGCAUCGGACGGCUCGACUGGUGGCUCAGUGGCAAUGUGUAGGAUUUUGUCAUGGUGUCCUGAACACAGACAACAUGAGCAUUCUGGGACUCACUCUGGACUACGGUCCAUAUGGUUUCAUGGAUAGGUUCAAUCCAGAUUUCAUUUGCAAUGCUUCAGACAACUCUGGACGCUACUCUUACCAGGCUCAGCCCGCGAUCUGCCGGUGGAAUCUGGUCAAGUUAGCAGAGGCCCUCGAUCCAGAGCUUCCACCUGACGAGGCAAAGGCUGUUAUGGAGGAAUAUUUGGAUUUGUAUAACGGCUACUACCUUGACAAUAUGAGGAAGAAGCUAGGUUUAUUGAAAAAAGAGGAACCUGAGGACGAGAUCCUGAUCACAGAGCUUCUGCAAACCAUGCACAAUACAGGUGCUGACUUCACUAACACCUUCCGCAGUCUUAGUCAGAUCUCAUGUCCCUCGGAGGAACAAAGUGAGCCAGAAGAGGAGCUUGUCAAACAAGCUGCAAACCUCAUGUUGGAGCAGUGUGCUUCUUUGGAGGAGCUCAAAGCUGCCAACAAACCCACUAUGGACCCACGGGAGUUGGCAAUGCUGCUUUCUAUGGCUCAGAGCAACCCAGCGCUGUUCCAGUUGGUCUCAGACAGGAUGACAAUAGCGAGGCAGCUCAGCCAACUCAGCAAACUGAAGGAACUGAUGGAGACCAACGAGGAAGAACUCAAAACCAAACAAACUGAGGAGUGGACCGGCUGGAUCACACGCUAUCGGAAGCGUCUGGCUCAGGAACUGGAGGGCUACAGUGACGUGCAGGCUGUGCAGGAAGAGCGGGUGAGGGUGAUGAACAGCAUCAACCCGCGUGUGGUUCUCCGGAAUUACAUUGCCCAGAAUGCUAUAGAAGCUGCUGAGAGUGGAGACUUCUCUGAGGUCCGGCGGGUCCUCAAAGUUCUGGAGAAGCCGUUCUCCUCCCAGCCUGGUCUGGAGGUCCCUGCGUGGGUAGGCCAAGGUGGUGCCGCCCAACAGGGGGAGAGAGAUGAUGGCGAUGAGCAACAGGAGGAGGUGACAUCUGCCUCGACAGUCCGAAAUCCUGUACCGUAUGACAGCAAACCUCCAGCUUGGUCUCAGGCAAUCUGUGUCACAUGAUCUUCGUAAUAACUUCCCUGCACUUCAUCAUCUGGCCUGCCAAAAUGUGAGGGAAGUUUUAGCAUUUGACUUCCUUUUUUCACAUUUGAAUGUACCUCCUGAUCAUUUGCACAACUCUUAUCACUGCGUGGUGGGCCGGUGUCAGGGAAGUGGGUCUGAGAUUCAUCACUCCAUAGAGAACAUCAACGACGCAAGGCAGUCAGGGACUAAGUUGGGUGUGGUGUCACAAAUGUAUUAUGACUGUUAUCACAAUUUAAGGACCUUACAUUUAUGACGUGUUCUUGUACACAUUGAAAAAGCUAUAUUGAUUCUUCUUUACAAUCCUGCAUGUUGUAAAGCAUCACCCCAUCUUGUUCCCUCUCUGUUUGGUGCCUGGUGGCUGUUAAUGACGGCUCAGACGGCAAGUUUUACAAGGACCUGUCUGAGUCUGAUAAACUGUGGGGGUAAUGCCUGAAAUACCAACUAGUUUGCAUUAGGCCUUUUGUUUUUAUAGAUAUAAAUAUUAGUAAUAGCAAAUGAUUGCAUUAACAUUAACCAGCCACAACAUCAUGAUCACUUUAUAAGUGAGAUCCAAUACACACUUAGCAUUGUGUGAGAACCAUGAACUGAAGGGUGCCUUGAGGUACGAGCUUAAUUUGUCCCAUGACCGUGCUCAUAACCCAAAUCUACCCGUUGAAAUGAAUGGAAUUACAAUUAAUCUGUUCCAGCCUCCAACCCCACCCCCCCAAAAAAAUGUGGUAAUGUGUUUUUAAUUAAAAAAAAAAAAAAAGUCACGCCCUGGCCACCUGGGGGAAGUGUAAUCCAGACACUCCUUAUCUCCUCUGUAAACCGUAGUAAUAUUAGUUGUUCUUCGCAGAGGAUAGAAAAUGUGUAGGUAUGUACAUCUGUAUGUAUAUGAAUUUUAUAUAUAUAUAUAUAUAUAUAUAUAUAGUGUGUGUGUAUAUUUUAAAUACAUUUAUUAUUAUAUUAUGAUUAAUGAAUUAAAUAUCCGUUAACACGGGGCACUGAGGCUACCUCUGACAGUGUCAAUCAUAAUAACUACUGUUUGUGUUUUUGUCUGUGUGUUUUCCCCCCUUUCCUCUCUCUCUCUCUCUCUUCCACAUUUCUUGUAUUGGAUCAUAUUACAUUGUGCAAGUGUGUCUAAUGUUGUGGCCGCUUGGUGUUUCAGUGUUUUCAUUGAGCGAAAGUUGGGCUAGGAUUCCAAUUUUGCCAUUGUUAGCGCAUUUAUUUACAUCAUACAGUAUGUGCACCUCGAGGAUUAUCAUCAUGGUUUGUCCCUCAUUAUCCCAUAAUUUGUUUAAAAUGUUUUGCCGAGCUUGUUUAAAAAAAAAAAGGUUGUAGCGAGUCUUUUGAAAUCUAUUAAUAAACCAAGCAGCACAUUUUCUUUCGCGCUUUACAUGAAAUCCUAAUAAACUUUCUGCUAAUGUCUCA